AUGGAUUCGACGAGUUCCACAAGCAAGCGAAAGCCCGGCGGUACAUAUGUGUGCAAACGCUGCAACGUUCCCGGUCACUGGAUCGCGCAGUGCCCGACAAGUCUAGACCCGUCCUUCGAUACGGUCCCGCCCAGGUUCCGCUGUCCGCUUUGUGGUGCGGUGGGCAAGCAUCUGGUGUCCCUCUGCCCCAAGAACACGGAUCCUAAAUCCAUCAACCAGCAGCGUAUCCUGGCGGUAGUGGCCACCAAGGAUCACCGUCAAGAAGGCAGGCGGGGGCGGCAUAGAUCCAGGCUACCGUCAAACAAAUCAUCCUCUAAAGAAGAAGAUGGUACCCCUCGGCGGAGAGAUGGUGGCCGAAGCCGGGGUCGUGGCCUCGACCGCAACUUGGAUCAUGCCCAGGAACGGUCUCGCUCGCGCAGCCCGCGCAUUGGGUGGAAGACGAACUACGGCCCGAUGAACGCAGACCGGGCUCGCAUGAUGCGGUCUGGCGCGAGAGGCAACUCCCGAGACUCCCAACGACGACGCUCCUCAACCCAACCAGCCAACGCCGGGACGAGUAGCAAAUAUGCAGUCCGUACGUCAGAGUAUGGAGACUCCAGACGCAGUACUACUACACCGCCACCUAAUCCCCAUCCCCCAAACAACCGGUGUGACUCUCUGGAAUCAUCCGACCGGCAGGCAGACGGUCUAAAUAUGAACAUGGCUUUGAGAAGUCGCCGGCCGCAAGAACCCGAUGAGACGGCCAUCAAUACCGACCGUAUCCUAGAGUCUGUGGAGCAGUACAUCACAGCCCAGUUUGGCCGCGAGGGCAGCGAGUCAAAGAGCCCGGGGCCACAGGAUGCACCAAUCGUCGAGCCGACGACCGGUACAAAACACCUGCUGGAUUCCUAUUCGGCUGCUGCAGCCCGUAGCUUUGCUUUGAGAUGUGGCCCCAAGAACCUGCAGGUCAACCACACCAAGAGGAGCUCCGCCUUGGAUCUAUGGGACAAAAAGGAGCAGGCCCUGGGAAGCUCGCGAGCUCCAAGGAACCGACCUCAAUGCAUUUGA